AUCAAUUCUUCCUUCCAACUUCCAACCGAGCGCACCCUUUCUUCCCAUCAGGUUUUGGCAUGUCUUAGUACUGAACCCACAGAAUCAUCAGCAUCGUUGGCAAACUCUAGUGCAGAUGAUGCAGGCAUUAAUGGAAGUUGCACAAAUCUAGGACUAAAACGACGCCGACGGGGAGAUCGCAAGGUAGUUGAGUCUCCAAGUGAUGUGGCCAACCAGCUUGCAAGCCAGACCAUCGACUUCUUCGUACCAUAUCGACGAGGUGAUGAAGACCAAGAGAGUGCUCUUUCAGUUUCCUCUUGCUUGGAACCCGGACUGAACAGUUUCUAUGCUGCCGCGUCGGCCGCUUCUCUCGAUUUAUGCACGGACGAAGGAACGAAGGAACGCCUCGGGUAUCGAGAUCACUAUUAUGAUCUGUUCUUCAGAAGUGCAUGGGCUAAUUUUUAA